AUGGCAGUUAGUACGUCCGAAAAUCCAACUCCCGUCCGGGUAGCUCAGGCUAUCGGAAUCUUGGGUACCAUAUAUUCUGCCGGAGGAUCUAUGAGUAUUGCAGGAUUCAUGAUUCCAGCCAUCCGCCAGUCACCCACACCUAUCCUCCUCUCCCAGUUCCGCCAGAUGUAUAGACGUGGCUCUAACUCAGCUCCCCCCAUUGCCGUUGUUACGGCAACUGCCUUGGCUUAUGUCGCCUAUCACUAUCGACUCACCUCUGUCUGGAAACAAUGGGCGCUCGCAUCAGCCCUGUCAAUUAGUAUCAUACCUUUCACAUUUGUAGUAAUAUACCCGACCAUCAGAACUUUAGAAGGCUGGGACGAUACGCACGGUGAAGGUAUUGAUCGAAAGGACGUUAUCGAAGUAAUCUCUGCCUGGAACCGAAGACAUAUCGCACGAAGCUCCUUAUCUCUGUUAGGAGGAUUACUAGCUCUCUACGCUCUAAUCCACUAG